CUCUACCAGACUCUUCGUGUUUCGUCUGCAGAAUCUGUGGAGUAACAAUGGGCCUUCCGUUACUUGGUCUCAGUUUUUUUGCAGGCGUAGGCGUAGGCAUUGCCUUGUACAGACUAUACAAAGAGUGGAGAGAAAAGAAUCGUAUGUAUGGUCAUUUUGAUGAUGACGAUGGUACAAAUCAUGAUGAUGACAAUGGUACAGAUAAUGAUGAUCAUCCUGACUCAGGUGGAGGAGCAUCACAGGAAGGAGCCAGGGCAGAGGAGCACAGAGAGGCAGAGGAGAGAGGCCACUACUGGAGAGCUGAAGACAUCCAUGUGCAGAGAACUGAAAAGAUUCGCUUACGGACAAGCAGACAUGAGAAGCAGACAUGAGAUCAAGAAGAGGCAGACGUUAAACCAGAGCCAGACGUCAUCCACUCACCAUUGAAGUGUCCCACCAGUUCAACCACUGUCGUCCAGCUGCUGGUCUCUAACUGGUCCCCCAGUCACCUCAGGCCAGGCCACAUUCAAUUGUUAAAAGGGAGAAAAAACUAUGUUUUAUGUCUUUUUUCAAUGAACUAGACCUUUAAUUAUUCAAAAGUCAUAUUCUGUUUUUACCUGUAGUUUUAAAUUGUUUCCUGUUUUCUUGUGCUGAAAAAUAAGUGACAGCAAUUUAAAUAAGUUUAUUUGAUUUAUGCUCUCUGAAAUUUUAGUUAUUUUUAUGUUGUUCAUGUUUGUUGGAUGUCUACAGGCUCAAUAAACUUUUAUCUCACUU